AUGAAUACCCACCUUGUUCCCGGAUUUACAAUUUUGAAACAACUUGGAAAAGGUUCUUAUGGAACAGUAUAUAAAGCCAAGCGUAAUUCAGACGGCCAGUCUUAUGCUCUUAAAGUUGUAGAUUUAGGAUCAAUGAAUCAGAAGCAGCGUGAAGAUUCAAUUAAUGAAAUUAGAAUCAUGGCUUCUGUUUCAUCCCCAUUCAUUAUCUCUUUUCAUGAAUCAUCAAUCAUUGGUCGAAAACUCGUAAUUGUUUCUGAAUACGCAAAACUUGGAGAUUUAUCAAAUGCAAUAUCACGUAGGAAGCAAAAGAAGAGACAGUUCAAGGAAGAAACAAUCUGGAGAUUCCUUAUACAAAUGCUCGAAGGCUUAAGAGUACUUCAUGAAAGAGGAAUUGUUCACCGUGAUCUUAAGAGUGCAAACAUUCUUCUCUCUGCACCAGAUCUUUUUAAGAUUGGUGAUCUUGGCAUUUCAACAGUUCUUGCUCAGCGUCAACUCGCCAAAACACAAAUUGGAACACCAAUGUAUCUUGCUCCUGAGAUUUGGAAACGCAGACCAUACGAUUCUAAGUGCGACAUCUGGAGUCUUGGCGUUUUGCUCUAUGAAAUGGCUACUUUCAGAUAUCCAUUCAAUGCGAAAACUGCUCAAGACCUCUCCGUCAAGGUUUGCACAACCAAGGCCCCAAGAAUACCUCCAAUAUAUUCGGACGAUCUUAUCAAUGUCAUCAUGAGCAUGCUUCAACAAAAUCCAGUUCUUCGUCCAUCAGUUCAAGACAUUCUUGCUGUUCCAGCAGUUCAAGCACACAUCAAUUUAAUUAAUGUUUUCAUGCCAGCUGUUGAGCAGAGCCACGCAGAUUUAAUCGCAACAAUUAAAGUUCCACGUAAUCUUCAACAGUUAAAUCUUCCACGUCCACGCUAUGAGAAGGAUGAUGCUAUAUUUAUUCCUCUGGAAGGAAGAAUUCAUGCAAAAGGAAAUGUGAUCAAUCCGCAAAAGAGAUUAUCACUUGUCUCAACAAGAGAACUCCAAGCAAUAGCAGACUUUGAUUGCUGGUCUCCAGUUAAAUGCCGCGGAAAUGAAAUCAAACAAAGAGAAUUUCUCCCAGAUCCAGAAGAACUCGAACCGAUUAAUGAACAGAAUGAAGAUUUACCAGUUCGCGAACCGGCUGCUCCUCCAAUGGAUAGCACACGCAGACCAUCAAGCAGACCUCACCCAAGAGCUAAGCCAUUAGUUCAAAGAGCUGCAGAACCUCAGCACCAUGGAAGGGCAACACCUCCAGUUGAUCCUAUUCCAACAAAUAGACCAAGAGUAUUGAGAUUCAGAUAUUGCCAGCCCCUUAUCAUCCGUUAA